AUGGGUGAUGCAUAUGGAUGGAUGCUGUCCGUGGGUGGUGAGCUGCUUGCUUGUGCUGUGAUUAGGCGUUUAGGGAGUAGCUUGGAGUGGCGUUGCAAGCAUUUAGGGGAAUUGACCAGGGUAGGAGGUGAAGCCGAAGCUUCGAUGUCAUCUGCUGUGGACUUUGUAGAGGGCGGUACCCAAGACCCGUGCGAAGAUGCGUGCAGCAUCUGCCUUGAAACUUUUUGUGAAGAUGAUCCUGCCACCGUCACUAGCUGCAAGCACGACUAUCAUCUGCAAUGCAUUCUUGAAUGGUCGCAGCGGAGUACGGAGUGUCCAAUGUGCUUGCAACCACUUAGUUUGAAAGAUCCUGACAGCCAAGAGCUGCUGAAAGCAGUUGGGCAAGAACGGACAUUACGCCGGAAUAAGAUGCAGGCCUCUCACAUUUACCGUCGAUCCCCAGCUGAGGAGUAUGAGUUCGAACGAUUUGCACCCUACGGGGACGAAGGUUGCAUUAUGCAGCAUUUGGCGGCGGCAGCAAUGGGCCGGAGAGAACAUAUUCGCUUUCGGCCAUCCACUACUGCCCAAGGUCAUCCGCAUUUUGUUGUUGUGUCUGGUGCACCUGCAGGAGCAUCGUCUUCCCCUGCAUCCAGUUCGCCAGUUGUAUCCCCUCCUCAAAGUACAAAUGGCGAGGCAUCUCUAGGAGCCGUCUUCUCAUUUCCUCAUUAUUCUGCUCCCAAUAGGGACGGUAGCUCAGCUAACUCUCCAACCAUUAGAUCACGGAGCCUUGAGUCGGAGGAGCAUGCAACUUCUUCAUCAGAGUCUCUAGAUACCUUUGCAUCUCGUUUGGUCGCAGCAUCUUCAAGGUACAAGGAGUCCCUGAGUAAGAGUACGAAGGGAUUCCGUGAAAGGUUGCGAACUCGUGGUGGUAUCAUGCAAGACCUUGGUGCACGGGCACGAGAGAUGAGUGCAGGGAUGGCACGGGCGUUAGAAAGGAUGUCUGUAGAGACAGGAACUGAUCGGUCAGAUGCGGCCAGCUCUCUUCCUGGGCAGCCUUCUGGCACUACCCAUCACCCACCCGAUCAUCCUCCUGAUCGCCCUGAUUCUGGCCAUUCUUCAGGAGGGUCGCCGAGUAGCCACUCUGCCGUCACUCGCACAACUCCAAGCCCCACUUCAGCACCUGAACUAAGUACAGGGACAGAACACUAGGUUUAAAACUACUUAGUUCAAACAUAUCACUUUCGAAUAAGAGCGGAUGCUGGCAUCCGUCCUACGCCAGCUGCAAAGUAACGUGUAUAGAAAUAGAACAUAUUACACUGGAUACUAACUGUAUAGAGUUGGAACACCAUACUUAAGCGGUAAUGAGUGAGAUGAUUCAAAGCAAUUUGGUAACUCAUAUUGCCUUGGAGAGCAAAAUGGUAAUUUGCAACCUUGAACUGUGA